CAAGGAUUAUAUAAAAGUUUGGUCAUCACCUUCAGAUCCUUUGCAUUUUGAAGUGCAUGCUUCUCAUGAAAAAUUAGAAAGCACCUUGGAAGCAGACACCAUGAACGUCAGCAGUCUUAGUCAAGAUUUAAUUCACUCAGAUUCUCCCUUCUAUAUGGACACCAGCAGUACCAAUUCAGACUUGCCUCAGAAUGAAAUAAAGAAUAUAAGAAGGGAAGAUGAGUCUAAAGUCAUACUUUCUGAAGAAAUUUAUGCCACACAAGAUGAUUGGUUAGGUGAUGUCAACAUUGGAAAUAACUCUCAGAAUGUACUAACUCAGCAAGUUGACCCCAGCAUUCCUUCCUUCAGACAAUUUGAACCUGUUUGCAAAUUUCAUCUCACUGAAGCAUUUAGUAAUGAGAUGAUAACAUUUCAGAAUCUGAAUGAAAGCUUACCUCACAUAGUACAACCAGAAAUGCAAAGUCAUGUGUAUAAUUGUGCAGAAGACACCAAUAUAAAGGAAGAUUCAUUUAAGGAAGAUCCACUGGGAACUAGCACUUCUUUAAGUGAAGAGCAGUUUGCUCAUGAGUGUGUCAGACAACCUUAUAGAAGUCCACCUGUAGUCCACGGCAGUGGAGAGACAGUGAAAUUCAUGGAAAUGCCACUGGCUAAAAGUGCUGCCACGGAAUCUGCCCUCAAACCUAGUCAGCCUCAAAGCAUCUGGUAUGAGGAAAAUGUACACAGUGAUGUUGACAAACCAUUUUACAAAGAGAACAGCUUUAACCAGCUUGAUCUGAGAGCUAAUUGUGCAACAGAGAAGAUUGCAGUGUCUUCAAAAGGAAUACAGAGUUUUGGGGAUAUUCCUGAGAUGCCAGUCAGUCACCAAAAGGAAGUCGCAGUGGAGGCCCUGGACAGUCCAAGGACUGUCUCACCUUGGUCUCCUGCAGGCAUUUCUUGGAGUGGUGAAGCGUCUCAGGAGGACGGCAAGGCACCUGACAUGGAGCAGAGCUUGGAGAGCUUACAACCUCUGAAAGAGGACAUGGAUUUAAAUGAAGUCUUAUGGAAAUUAAAACAUACUAACAAAAGGCAGCAAACUCUGAUUCAAGGCCUGCAGCACAGCAACAAGUAUUUAGAGAAGAAGGUCAAAGAGCUCCAGAGGCAGACUACCAAGCAGCAGGUGUUCGUUGACAUCAUAAAUAAGCUAAAGGAGAAGGUGGAAGAACUAAUUGAAGACAAGUACAGAGUGAUGCUAGAAAAGAAUGAUACCGACAAGACACUGCAGAAUUUGCAUGAGGUUUUGACUAACACCCAAAAACAUCUCCAGGAAUCUAGGAAUGAAAAGGAAACCCUACAGCUUGAGCUUAAGAAGAUCAAAGGCAAUUAUAUUCACCUACAAGAAAGGUACAUGACUGAAAUGCAGCAGAAAGAUAAAACUGUAAGUCAGUGCAUGGAGAUGAACAGAACCUUAAGCAGGAAAGAAGAAGAGGUAGAGAGGCUGAAGCAACUCAAGGGAGAACUGGAAAAGGCCACCACUUCUGCUUUGGACUUGUUGAAAAGGGAAAAGAAGACCCGAGAGCAAGAGUUCUUGUCCUUACAGGAGGAAUUUCAGAAGCAUGAAAAGGAGAACCUGGAAGAAAGACAGAAACUGAAAUCAAGACUGGAGAAACUGCUCACUCAAGUUAAUAAUUUGCAGUUCGUAUCUGAAAACGAGAAGGCAAAGAAUGCCAAACUGCAGCAGCAGGUCAGCACAGUAAAACAUGAAAACGCAAGGCUUCAGCAGCAGGUUGCGAGGCGGGAGGAGCAAAAUUAUGUCCCUCAGUCUGAGACGGCUCAUUUAAAGGAGUACUCCAGAGAGGCGGUGGUGGCAGAUAUCACAAAGGAGGCAAAGAUGAUACGUUCUGAUUUGUUCCCAAAUUGCUCACCUUGUGAAGAAGAGAACCUGAGUCCCCCAGAUGUGAAAGGAACCUCUCAGCUGGUCUCCAAGCUUCACAGUCUUUUGGCUCUGGUCAUAGGACUUCUCACAUGCCAGGACAUUGUUACUACCAAUGCUGAACAUUUCAAAGAUAGUGAGAAAAUUAGUGAUAUAAUGCUACAAAAACUGAAGCACUUCCAUCUUAAAAAGAAAAAUUUAGAUAAAGAGCUACUGAAACAUAAAGACAGAAUCACAACUUUUAGAGAGCUAAUUACUAAUGAAAAAGCAUUUCAAGAUCGGGUUAUUGAGGUUACAGACUUUGAUUCACAUGACACCAAGAACGUUGGAGAUGUACCCAUCUUACUGGGAGCCAGACUGAAUACGUACUACAGUCUGAAUGAAGAGCUUGAUUACUUGAAUUGGAAAAUCAAUCCGCCAGCCUUCAGAUGUCUCAGUCUCCUAGGCCAUUCAUAACAAUGACAGAUGCAUCUACGGUCAUGGUUAAACGUUAUUGCUACCUUGACACACUUUCUCUGUAAUUUGACUGCAGCAGGGCAUAUGACAAUCCCAUAUGAGGAAAAAGUGUGAAUGUAAGCAAAAACAAAAGUUUUUUUUCUUCGGAAACCUGGAAUUAUGAACUAGAUAGAGCCAGAUAGCUUGACUAUAUUACCAGGCCACUUGUACUUCUCAUCAUAGAAGGCCUCAGUGAUCCUUGCAGAGGUGUGUGGUAGACACAGCAAUGGCCACCCAAAGAUGUCCUUGCCCUAGUCCUGGAGCAUGGCAGCAGGGACUUUGGAUCCCUUAAUAAAAUAAGAUAUCUAGGCACUUUAGGCAAAAGGGGCUUUGUAGAUGUGAUUAAAUCAAGGACCUUGUGUGGAGAUGGAUGAUUAAAUCAAGGUCCUUGAAAUGUGGAGUUGGAUUAUCCUGGUUUAUCAGGAUGGGCUCAAUCUAAUCUCAUGCAUCCAGCCACGUCUGAGAGAGAUACGACCUUGAAGAAUGUUAGAGAUGGAACAUUGCUGGCUUUGAGGAUGAACCAAGGAGAUCACAAACCAAGUGAUGCGGAUAGCCUUUAGAAGCUGGAAAAUGUCCCCUAAAGCCCUCAGAAAGGAACACAGCCCUGCUGACAGUUUGACCUUAGCCAAAUGAGAUGGCCGCCAGACUUCUAACCUACAGAACUGAAAAUUAAUAAAUCUGUGUUGUUUUAAGCCACUUAGGUUUAUGGCUAUUUGUUACAGCAAUAAUAAAAAGCUAAUACAA